GGGGAACCUUUGGUCCAGACUCUUGUUUCCGCGAGAAUCUAUUUUUGUGAAACGCCGGCUGUGUUUGUGAGUCACAUGAGUGACAGAAGUUUUGGCAACGACAGAAAUAAGAAGAUGGUACAGCGAAACCAAAAUGUCGCUAGUUGUCAGUCUCUAAAGUGAAAGUGUGACGUGGGGGUGUUUUACGCGCUUUUAUCAUGUUAAUUCGCCCGCUGUCCCGUUAAACCUGUUUGAAGGCGAGUUAAAGUUAGCUGGGUAGAGUCUGCUAGCCAAGUUACUAUGACUUACUGUGGUUCCCGCCGACAGCUAACUAGCUAGCUAACUCCUCCAUAAGUGUAUUGUAGCUCGUUUUCUUUAUUUAUGCUCUCUGCGACACGAUGGACCAAGCAGACAGCGUCAACGCAGAUCCUGUUCGAGGUGUUGACACUGAGGAUCGGAGGUCUCGACUGCGCAACUGGACUGGAUUUUGGCUCCUGGGAUUGUGCAACAAUUUUGCUUAUGUGGUUAUGCUGAGUGCUGCCCAUGACAUUCUGUCAAAACAAGGGGCAGGAAACUCCACAGUGCAUAGCCCAACAACAGCAUCCUUGGACUUUGAAGGUGGAAACAGUAGCAACAGUAGCCGCUAUGACUGCAACCCUGUCUCUACUGCGGUUGUGCUCCUGGCUGACAUUCUCCCCACCCUGCUCAUCAAGCUGACUGCCCCCUUCUUCAUCCACAAACUGCCCUAUGGCUUUCGCGUGUUGUUCUGCGUCAGCAUGGCCGCAGCAAGUUUUCUCCUCGUGUCCUUCUCCUCAGCUGUGUGGAUGAGCAUUCUGGGUGUGAUCUUUGCCAGUGUGAGCUCUGGUCUUGGAGAACUGUCCUUCCUCGCUCUCACCGUCUUCUUCAACAGACAGGUGCUGGGAGGCUGGGGCUCAGGUACGGGGGGUGCCGGCGUGGCUGGAGCUUUCCUUUACUCAGGCCUCACCCAGGCUGGCUUGUCGCCCCGGAUUACACUGCUCAUCAUGUUGGUGGUCCCCUGUGCGAUGUUAAUCAGCUAUUUUCUCCUGCUGGUCUUUCCACCUUCAUUCCCUCAGUGGCGGAGCGAGGUGCAAGAGGCAGGACACGCAGGCGGAAGCUCAGAGGAGAGGCAGCGGCUGAUGGACGACUCUGAUUUAGAGGAAGCGGAAGAGCGGGACAAAGCGCCCCAAGAGGACAGAGCCAGCGGGCCGCUGACCCUGUCAGAGAAGCUGCACGUCAUCAGAGGUUUGGUGAGGUUUGUCCUGCCCCUGGGCUUGGUCUACUUUGCGGAGUACUUCAUAAACCAGGGCCUGCUGGAGCUCCUAUACUUCCCAAACUUCUACCUGUCUCACCAAGAGCAGUAUCGCUGGUACCAGACGCUGUACCAGGUUGGUGUGUUUGCGUCCCGUUCCUCCCUGUGCUGCGUCAAGAUCAAAAAACUGUGGGGUCUUGCUCUGCUACAGGUUGUGAAUGCGGUGUUUCUGCUCAUAUCAGUACGCUACCAGUUCCUGCCCAGUGCUUGGCUGGUGUUUGCCAUUGUCCUCUAUGAGGGUCUGCUGGGAGGAGCUGCAUACGUCAACACUUUCUACUUCAUAAGCAAGGAGACUGAAGAUCGGCAGAGGGAGUUUGCCAUGGCGGCCGCCAGCGUAGGAGACAGUCUAGGCAUUGCCCUGUCUGGCCUCACUGCUUUCCCCGUCCACAAAUACUUCUGUUCCCUGUGACCCUGACAGCAGAGCGGCCUAGCCAGCAGGACUCAUCAAGAUGCAGCUGUAUUCCAUUUGACAGGGUUUGCAUCCAAAACGAGUUAGCAAAAAAAGCGACCUUUAAUCUUGUCUCUUAUAUCAUUAUUUAUAACAGAAAACUAAAGUAGCGCUCAGCAUGUUUUUGCGUGAUAAAAACACCUGUCAUAUAGUGUUGGUAUAAAUCACAAAAGUGGACCUACAAUCUCUGCCAGCUCUGACACCCCAGAUUUAAGCUGUCGGCUCAGAUCAGAGUCCAGUGACAGUAUGGACACUGGUGGAAGACCAGGACACUGGUGGACAACUGGACUCACCAGCAAUAGUUGAAAUCAAACUCCAUCUCACCACACAGUAAGUUUAUUAAUUUCCCUGCACAUGAUUUUUCUGGAUAAUGAAGUCUCAAAAUCAAAUAGUUACCUCUUAGAGCAAUAUUGGCCUCCCACCAAUCAAAAAUGCUGAGCACAGCUUUAAUAACUAUGAUGGUACUAUAUAAAGCACAGUAAUUAAUUUAGGUCCUUGUUGACAACAUGCCCAGACUUUUCUAGAUCAUCUAGUAAUUGCUAAAUUAGAGAUUCUGAAUGAUAAGAAUGGAUAAUAUGAUUUAUUUAAUUAAACUGUGGCUUCCAUGGCUUCCUUGUUAAUGUGUCAAAUUCUGAGGAGUGUCACAUAGGAGGCAAUAUUCACAUUUGAGAAGCUGGAAUCAGAGAAUUUGGAAUUUUUCUUCUUAAAAAUGACUUAAAACCAUUAAUUGAAUUUCAAAAUAGUUGGCAAUUAAUUUAAGAGUAGGCAGGUAAUCAGUUAUUCAGCUAAUUGUUUCAGCUCUAAUGAUGCUACAGUAAAAUAAGGCUUGAAUGGUGCAGGGGUUCUUGCCUAAAGAGAGAAAAUCAUGGGAAUUCAGAAAUUCUCCAACCUAAUUCUUAAUUCUCCAUUCCUUGGGAGUCAUUGUCUUCUCAGGCAGGCAAGCCUCAAGAGCUUGUUAGUUGCUUGUUAACACACAUGUUGUUGCUUUUGUACUGCUUUUUUUCUGUCACUGGUAUUACCAGAGCUCGUCAUGAUUUGAAUAAUUGGGAAAGUCUUUCAUUUUUGCAUUUUCACCAAAGGGAGAAACAUUUGCCUUGUUCUAUGCAUCAAUAUUUUACAUGAAAACUGUCAGGAAACGUAGGAGAAUGUCCCAAUAGAGACUUACUAUACAAUGCAGAUAUAAAAAAAAAUGUAAUGUAUAAGAAUACAAAGCAAAAAACAAAAAGGUUUUUGGUUAUACUAUCAUCAGUUUAUGCUCAUAACCAAAACUGUUUGGUCUGUUUUGCACUUAGUAAGCCAUUCCAGGAAUUUUAUUUUACUGUGACUUUAUGUUAUUGUUUUUAUCAUUAUUUUACUAUUUUAUUUCAUUUUAUUUUAUUGCAUAAAGUCACUGUUGGGACAUGUUCCUAUUUCCACACAUUUCUAUACCUGAUUAGUUUACAAAGUAAUAAAAUAGCAACCAAAUAUAUUUGUUUCUAGUGACCAUGCCUUAAUAUUAUAUGGCCUUGGUUUUGGUGAAAUGCAGGUAUGCUCCACUUGUUUCUCAUAUUGUCUUAAACAUUCAUUCAGACUGCAUUGGAAUAUGCACUUUCCUGCUGAAAUUUUGACCACCAACACUUCAUGGUAUGCUGCUGCAGCUGAAUUGUCAUGACUGUUAAUUUAUUCAUAGUGUUUUUAAGGUUUGAGUUUGUCUGGUUAGAUUUGCACAUAUCAUCUAGAGUAUAUUUAUGCUGAUUCUUGUCUUACUCUCUUAACUUUUACUAACUUUUACUGAUGGCUUUUUCAGAAUGGGAUCUUUUAUUCUAUAUUGUUGUAAUUAGAAGUUUUAAAUAAAUCAAUCAAUUUUGUUUGUUCUUUUUAAUAAAACUAUCCUUUAAAGGGUUUUCCCUUA